AUGGUGAAGAAUCAAUACCAGUUAUACGCCGUAGACGAAUUAUUAGCGAAAAAUUAUGGGGUCGAGGUACUAAGACUCCUCCCUUAUCAUUGUGAAUUAAACCCCAUUGAAUUGAUUUGGGCUGAUGUAAAAGGACACAUAGCCAGAAAUAAUACUACAUUAAUUCAAUUUGAAAAAGUUAAGGCACUCCUAGGUGAGGGUAUAGCGAAAGUCACGUCUGAUCGGUGGAAGAAAUGUGUGGAGCACGUUCGUAAAGAAGAGGAGAAGUUUUAUAAAUUUGAUUAUAUUGUAGAUGACGUGACUGAUAAAUUUAUAAUAAGUGUUACAGACUCUGAUUCUGACUCUACAGACUUAGAAGAAUCGGCGUCUGACUAA